ACGACUUUGCUGCCGACAGCAGUAGAGAAAAAUAAGAAAAAAUAUUUAAAUAAAGAAAAGUAACAAGUUUUCAGUUUUUAUUUGUAAAAAUUUUAAAAAAUAAACCAAAAGUUCCUUUUUGUUAAGCUAAAGCAGAAAAUAUAGAGAAAAAAACACAAUUAAUAAUAAAAGGAUUAGCAGUGUUUAAAUUGAUUUAAAUAAAUAUUUGGAUUCCAUUUAAAGCACAGUGUAACGGUGCAAACGAAAACCAAGAAGGAUUAAACAAGUUUUGAAUUUGAUUUAAAAAUUUGAAAAAAAAACUUCCACUAACUUUGAGUGCAUAUUUAUUUGUCGGGAAUUGUAUGCAUAUUUCUAUUAUCAGUGAGUGUUUGAAAUUUAAAUUGUUCAACAUGCCGCCAGUUAACAACAACAAGAAGAACCUACAUCCUUUGGCCGUUAUCAAAUUGUGUGUCCUGUUUGGCAUGCUGUUGAAUGUUCUACAACAUCCACGUGCCGUUAAAGCCACAGAUGAUGUUGCCAAUGUAUCACCUUGUGAAUUGGAAUCCAUUAUAAAUCAAUUGGUGUAUCCAAGUCCUCAGUAUCAAAUGCACGCCGCUUCUUUGCGCAACCAACUACGCAACAUAUUACGUGAACGCCAGCUCGAAGAGGGCGAAGAACAAAGCCUCAACAAUGACAUGGACUAUUUAGAAGAAGAUAAACGUUCAGUGGCCGCCCUCGCAGCUCAAGGUCUUUUACAUCACAACAACAAUGCAGCUGCAGCGGCUAAACGUAGUUUAGCUACACUAGCUAAAAAUGGACAAUUACCCACACCCGAUCCUGAGAUAAUACCCGAUGGCGAACAACGCUCCGAAGAUAAACGUUAUGUGGGAGCUUUGGCACGUUCGGGUGGUUUAAUGGGUUAUGGCAAACGUAAUAUUGGCACUUUAGCUAGAGAUUUCCAAUUGCCACAAAAUGGUAAACGUAACUUGGCUACCAUGGCACGUUUGGGUAUGUUGGGUAAUCGUAAUGAUCCUAAGAGGAAUUUAGCUUCAGUGGCACGUUAUAACUCACGUAUGUACAACAAUGCCGCCGAGAAACGUAAUAUUGGAGCUUUGAAGGGAUCUCCGGUGCAUGGUGGUGUGCAAUUGAAGCGUUCCGAAGAUGAUGUGUAUUUGCCAGCUGAGUAUAAUAAUUAUAUUGAUCCUUUGGCUUACUACUGGAACUAUGGCACUUAUGCCGAUUUAGAUUGGGAUGAUUUCGGAAGGGCCCAAAAGAGAUUUUUAGAUACCUCUAAGGAUCCCGAACUAUUUGGUCUAGAACAUGCACAUUUAUUACAAAAUCUUGAUGAUGAAGAUCUAACGCCACUAACAACUGUCAAUCAUCUGCCCGACGAAGCCGUUGACAGUCAUAGUGUAGCUGAAGAUUUAGCUGAUGAAGCGGCUGCCGAUGAGGAGGAGGAUGAGGAGGGACAUUUUGCACCGGUACCCUCAAAACGUCAUAUAGGUGCUGUAUAUCGUUCGGGAUUUUUGCCCUCGUAUAGGGCUCUGCGCAGUACCGCUGGUUCCGGUGUAGGUGGAGGCCGUUUUAGUCGUUCUGGACGUGCCAGGCAAUUUGUCGAGUAUUACCCCCAACCAGAGCGACUGCGUCAACCCAUCGCAGCCGUUUGUAAACGAUGUUUCCUACCCUAUCGGCCCGUGGUUAAUUGGGGUGCUACUGGUAUACGUGGUCGCUGGCCAAAAUAUGUACAAACCGAAGAACACUCACGCAGUAUUAAUACCAACUAUUUGCCCUCUUAUUCAGCGGCUACACCAAAUAUUUUAAGACAUCCGGCCGCCCUAAAUGGUCCUUUACAUACUUGGGGCACACCACCACGUAUAACAGCCAUGCAUCGCAGAAGUUUUCGGCGUAAUGAUGCUAAUUAUCGUUAUUAAAUUAAUUAUUAAAAAAAUUACAAAAAAAAA